AUGUUUGCUGGUAGAAAAAGUUCAGUGGGAUGGCUGAUGUCGUCGGUAGCUGCGUUUUACGUGCUUUUGGCGGUUAUCAUGCCAAUUGCGCUCAAUGGGUCUCAGUCGUCACGUGUUGUUGUGCGUGCCGCUGAAGACCACGAGGACUACGGGACAGUGAUCGGUAUCGACUUGGGUACCACUUACUCGUGUGUUGCUGUGAUGAAGAACGGGAAGACGGAGAUCCUAGCCAACGAGCAGGGUAACAGAAUUACCCCAUCGUACGUGGCCUUCACGGACGAAGAAAGAUUGAUUGGUGAUGCCGCCAAGAACCAGGCCGCCUCCAACACCAACAACACCAUCUUCGAUAUCAAGAGAUUGAUCGGGCUACAGUACAACGACCCAACAGUGCAAAGGGACAUCAAGCACUUGCCAUACAAGGUGGUCAACAAGGGCAACAAGCCCAUUGUCGAGGUCACCGUCAAGGGCGAGAAGAAGCAGUUCACUCCAGAAGAAAUCUCCGGUAUGAUUUUGGGUAAGAUGAAGCAGAUUGCCGAAGAGUAUUUGGGCAAGAAGGUUACCCAUGCAGUCGUUACCGUGCCAGCAUACUUCAACGAUGCGCAAAGACAAGCAACUAAGGACGCCGGUGCCAUUGCUGGUUUGAACAUUUUGAGAAUCGUUAACGAACCUACCGCCGCUGCUAUCGCCUACGGCUUGGACAAGACCGAAAACGAACACCAAAUCAUCGUGUAUGACUUGGGUGGUGGUACCUUCGAUGUCUCUUUGUUGUCUAUCGAAAACGGUGUCUUUGAAGUGCAAGCCACUGCCGGUGACACUCACUUGGGUGGUGAAGAUUUCGACUACAAACUUGUUCGCCACUUUGCUCAAUUGUUCCAAAAGAAGCACAAUAUCGACGUUACCAAGAAUGACAAAGCCAUGGCCAAGUUGAAGAGAGAAGCAGAAAAGGCUAAGCGUUCAUUGUCCAGUCAAACCUCCACCCGUGUCGAAAUUGACUCCUUUGUUGAUGGUAUCGACUUCUCUGAAACUUUGACUAGAGCUAAAUUCGAGGAAUUGAACUUGGCCUUGUUCAAGAAGACCUUGAAGCCUGUCGAAAAAGUCUUGAAGGAUGCCGGCUUGCAAAAGGAAGACAUUGAUGACAUUGUCUUGGUUGGUGGUUCCACCAGAAUUCCAAAGGUCCAAAGCCUAUUGGAAAAGUUCUUUAACGGUAAGAAGGCUUCCAAGGGUAUUAACCCUGAUGAAGCUGUUGCAUACGGUGCCGCCGUCCAAGCUGGUGUUCUUUCUGGUGAAGAAGGUGUCGAAGACAUUGUCUUGUUGGAUGUUAACGCUUUGACCUUGGGUAUUGAAACCACUGGUGGUGUUAUGACCCCAUUGAUCAAGAGAAACACCGCCAUCCCAACCAAGAAGUCCCAAAUCUUCUCCACUGCCGUAGACAACCAAAAGGCUGUCAGAAUUCAAGUCUAUGAAGGUGAAAGAGCUAUGGUUAAGGACAACAACUUGUUGGGUACCUUCGACUUGACCGACAUUAGACCAGCUCCAAGAGGUGUGCCUCAAAUCGAGGUCACUUUCGCUUUGGAUGCCAAUGGUAUCUUGACCGUUUCUGCCACUGAUAAAGACAGUGGUAAGUCUGAGUCUAUCACCAUUGCAAACGACAAGGGCAGACUUUCCGAAGAAGAUAUUGAAAGAAUGGUUGAAGAAGCUGAAAAAUACGCUGCUGAAGACGCUAAGUUCAAGGCAAAGAGUGAAGCUCGUAACACUUUCGAAAACUUUGUUCACUACGUCAAGAACUCUGUUAACGGUGAAUUGGCUGAAGUCAUGGAUGAAGAUGACAAGGAAACUGUGAUGGACAACGUUAACGAAUCCAUUGAAUGGUUGGAAGAUAACACCGACGUUGCUGAAGCUGAAGAUUUCCAAGAAAAGAUGGCUUCAUUCAAGGAAGCUGUCGAACCAAUCUUGGCUAAGGCUGCUGCUUCUCAAGGCUCUACUUCUGGCGAAGGAUUCGAAGAAGAAGAAGACGAUGACUACUUCGAUGAUGAAUUGUAA